CUUUCCUGGGCGCCACGCCUGGGCCAGACCCUUCUGGAAGAGACCGUGGACUCUUCAGGGCUCCGGGGAGGAAUCCUGAGGUCGGUCCCUCCCAUCCUGGGGCACCCCUGGAGCAGCGAACUCCCAGAGCCCCAAGGAGCGGGAACGGGGAUUCCCUCAGCGCAGACUCCGGGUGCAGCUCCUGAGCACAAAGGCCACACCCUCACAGGCCAGGCGACGUGGGGAUAGAGCGUGGGCUUCUGCCGAACUACCUGGACACCUGAGGUACCCAAGCAAGGACAGGAAUAAUGAAGAGACACGUGUGUUAGUUGCAACCUUUUGAACCAAGCAAGAAGGAAAUCAACAGUGUGGACAGGGCUGGAACCGUUGGCAUGCUUGCUUGUUGGAGUGAAUGAGGAAUGGGCUUGUGAUUAUGCUGACAUUCCAGCAUGAAUCUGGUAGACCUGUGGUUAACCCGUUCCCUCUCCAUGUGUCUCCUCCUACAAAGUUUUGUUCUUAUGAUACUGUGCUUUCAUUCUGCCAGUAUGUGUCCCAAGGGCUGUCUCUGUUCUUCCUCUGGGGGUUUAAAUGUCACCUGUAGCAAUGCAAAUCUCAAGGAAAUACCUAGAGAUCUUCCUCCUGAAACAGUCUUACUGUAUCUGGACUCCAAUCAGAUCACCUCUAUCCCCAAUGAGAUUUUUAAGGACCUCCAUCAACUAAGAGUUCUCAACUUGUCCAAAAAUGGCAUUGAGUUUAUCGAUGAGCAUGCCUUCAAAGGAGUAGCUGAAACUUUGCAGACUCUGGACUUGUCUGACAACCGGAUUCAAAGCGUGCACAAAAAUGCCUUCAAUAACCUGAAGGCCAGGGCCAGAAUUGCCAACAAUCCCUGGCACUGCGACUGUACUCUCCAGCAAGUUCUGAGGAGCAUGGCAUCCAACCAUGAGACAGCCCAUAAUGUGAUCUGUAAGACUUCUGUGUUGGAUGAACACGCCGGGAGACCAUUCCUCAAUGCUGCCAAUGAUGCUGACCUUUGUAACCUCCCGAAAAAGACUACCGAUUAUGCUAUGCUGGUCACCAUGUUUGGCUGGUUCACCAUGGUGAUCUCCUAUGUGGUGUAUUAUGUGAGGCAAAACCAGGAGGAUGCCCGGAGACACCUUGAAUACUUGAAAUCCCUGCCAAGCAGGCAGAAGAAAGCGGAUGAGCCCGAUGACAUUAGCACUGUGGUAUAGCGUCUGGACAGACUGACACCGAGAAGGAGAUUCGUUUGCUGUUGCAAUAGAAUAAGUGGUUUACUUCUCCCAUCCAUUGUAAACAUUUAAAACUUUGUAUCUCCAUUUCUUUUGAAUUAUGCCACUGUUGAACUUUUAACAAACAUGAUGACGUAACAACUCAUUUUAGUUUAGGUGACCCACCCCUGAAAUGUACCCCCAGUGGUAUAACCUGAGUAAGCUACUAUCUGAACAUAAGUUAGAUCCAUCUCACUUAUUUAAUAAUGAAAUUUAUUUUUUUAAUUUAAAACCAAAUAAAAGCUUAACUUUGAACCAUGAAAAA